CCCUCACCGGGAGCCCCGCUCAGCCUGGCCGUGGCCCCGGGCUGACGGGCGCCUCUCUCCCUCUUUCCCGGGAAGGGGAAUCAUCACCCCGGUCGGAGGAGCCAGGGGCGCGCGGACGGCCCCGCUGCAGUGCGUCUCCAUGGCCGAGGGCCACACCAAGCCCAUCCUCUGCCUGGACGCCACGGAUGAGCUGCUCUUCACAGGGUCCAAAGACCGCAGCUGUAAGAUGUGGAACUUGGUGACAGGGCAGGAGAUCGCAGCUCUGAAGGGUCACCCCAGCAACGUGGUCUCCGUCAAGUACUGCAGCCUCUCUGGGCUCGUGUUCUCCGUGUCCACCUCCUACAUCAAGGUGUGGGACAUCCGAGACUCGGCCAAGUGCGUCCGGACCCUCACGUCCUCAGGCCAGGUGGUCUCAGGGGACGCCUGUGCGGCCGCGUCCACCCGCACCAUCACCAGCGCGCAGGGAGAGCACCAGAUCAACCAGAUCGCCCUCAGCCCCUCGGGCAGCAUGCUGUACGCCGCCUCGGGCAACGCCGUCCGCAUCUGGGAGCUCAGCAGGCUCCAGCCCGUCGGCAAGCUGACUGGCCACAUCGGGCCUGUGAUGUGCCUGACGGUUGCCCGGACCGCCAGCCCGCGCGACCUGGUGGUGACCGGCUCCAAGGACCACUACGUUAAGGUACGGAGAAGUCCUCGCCCCGGACCCUGAGGCCGGCCGCGGUGGCGGCGCCGUUCUCCUCCUGCUCUCCUUACCUUGGCCCUCUCCCUCCGCUGCCUUGGGACUCAUGGAAAAUAACGAGGCCCCUGGGGGUUUAUGCUGGAAAAUCACCCCCAAGGAGCAAGGUCUGUGCAGAAGGUCAGCAUUGCAGCGUGAUUUUGUACGUGCUGGAAGAUCACAAAGAACCUGAAUGUCUACGGGUAGAAUAACAGUCGAGUAAAUUAGGGGAAACCCACAGGAUUGGACGCAGUACAACUGAUUACACGAUGAAUAUGAAAAAAAACCCGCAAAGAGCACAAGUCAGCACUGAUGCUGUUUGCUCCCUGGUUGUGUUUUUGCAAACGUAGAUACGGGGUCGGAAACUGGGAAGCAGUGGAUAAAAAGGGAAAGAGGGUGGUGGGGUUAUGAUGAAUGUUUUUAUUUAAAGUACAAGUAGUGUUAUAUUUAUUAAAAAAUUUAAAAAUUUUAAUAGGAGGCUCA